CCGCUCUUGUUGUUUUACGAAAGAGUAAAAUGGCGGCGCCCACACAGGCUGCGGGUCUUGUGCAGAAGUAGCAAAGGUUGAAAGAAAUGAACGAACCAUUAGUCGUUUAAAAUAAAUAAAUAAAUAAAUAUUAAUCCAAGUUAGUUAUUCGAAGCCUUUGGGAGAUUUAACAGGGUUACUAGACGAUGUGAAGUGUUAGCCAGUUUACAUCACAACGUUAUUAGGGUCGAAUUUUUACAACUAGUGGAUUAAGGUGACAGGUAAACACGAAGGAGCAUUUUAUUCCCAACACAGGUUAUGAUAUUAACUCGUCUACGAUGCGCGCGGGUGCUGCAGCUCACCCUUGCAAUCAUAAAACCGGACGCUGUCGCGCAUCCUCUAAUACUGGAGGCUCUUCAUCAGAACAUUCUAGAGAACGACUUCUUCAUUGUUAGAAGGAAAGAUCUCAUCUGGAGAAGAAGUGAUUCAGAGAGGUUUUAUGCAGAGCAUAAAGGACGGUUCUUCUACCAGCGACUAGUUGAAUUCAUGUCAAGUGGUCCAAUGAGAGCUUACAUCCUAGCGAAAGAGGAUGCUGUUACUCACUGGCGGGAGUUGAUGGGUCCCACUAAAGUGUAUCAAGCGCGGUACACGUCACCCAGGAGCAUUCGAGCACUAUAUGGGCUCACUGACACCAGGAACACAACUCACGGCUCAGAUUCAUCAGAGUCUGCUGAAAGAGAGAUUGCUUUCUUCUUUCCAGAGUUCAGUGUUCAGCACUGGCUAGAGAUGCAGGAGCCAUAUUUUAGGGCGGGGCACGUUGAAUACGAUGAGCAGAGACAAAUCCAUACUGCACUAAAACACAUCUAACACAUUCUACUGCCUUACCCAGAAUCAGCUCUACUGUAUAUAAAGACCUGAGUGCACUGCUCAUGCUGAAUAUUGUGCCAUUUUCUUGUAUUUAAUUUGCUGACAGGGUGCUGUGUUACCUUCUUUGAUUUAUGAUUUAUAGAAUCUUUAUUAUUUUCAAAUAUUUGUGUGUCUUUUGUCUUUGCAAAUGAUUGUGUUGCAUCACAUGCACUUUGAAUUGCUACUUUUAUUAUUGAAUACACUCAUCAAAGCAGUUAAAAAAUCCAGUUAAUGUUUUAAACACAGCUUUGGAUUUUGCUCAUACAUUUAGAGCAUACAUUUGAUAGUUUCCGUCACAUCAACAAAUAAAAAAGCCUUAAUGUUGGAAGCAGUAGAUGGGAACAUCAUUGUGUUAUCAUGGUGUUAUACAGUCAUGUGAAAAAAAUAUGUACACCGCAUGGAAAUUGUUGGCUUUUUUGACAUAUUUGGACAAGCAAACAUUUAAUCAUUUUUGAAACAGUGCCUAUUAAUAAAGUUGAUAUAUUUGAACAAACCACAAGGAAAAAUAUAUUUUUCAAUCAUUUAUUCAACAGAAAGAUCAUCAGAUGUGAUAUUCUUCUGUGGAAAAAGUAAGUACACCCUUGGCCUCAGAAGCUAGUAUUGCCCCCUUUAGCAGAAAUUACUUCUUGUAGGAAUUUUGCAUAAUUGUCCACCAGGCUUGCUGGAAUUUUUGACCACUCUUCCAUGCAAUAUUCUUUCAGUUGCAAGAUGUUUGAGGGUUUUCUUGCAUGUACUGAUUGUUUCAAAUCCUCCCACAAUAUUUGAUUGGGAUUCAAAUCUGGGCUUUGACUAGGCCAUUCCAUAACCCUCCAUUUCUUCAUUUUGAGCCGUUUCUUGAUUCACUAGUGUGCUUAGGAUCAUUAUCCUGUUGAAAGAAUUUGUGAAUUCAUAGUUGAAUGCAAGUUGUCCAGUCCCUGAGGCAGCAAAGCAACCCCAAACCAUAACAUAACAUUUCCACCACCGUGCUUCACAGCUGUCUUUGGUCUACGCCAAACAUGUCUAUCUUUGAUUCAUCUGUCCCGAGCACAUUAUUCCAAAAGGCCUGGUCUUUGUCUGUAUUCUCAUUGGCAAACUGUUGUCUUGCAAAGGCUUUUUCCUGGCACGCCUCCCAUGCAGGUCAAAAUUGUGCAAUCUCUUUCUGAUUGUAGAAGCAUGCACUUUGACACCAAGAGUUGUAAGAUGUACUAACAGAUCCUGUGAUGAAAUUUUGGGGUUCUUGGAGACUUUUUUUGUAUGAGACUGUCUGCUCUUGGGCUGAAUUUGCUGGGAUGGCCAACAGUCCUGGAUAAAUUGACAGUCGUUGGAAAUCUGCGGCAUUUGUAGAUGAUUUUCCUUACAGUGGAAUGAUGUAUUUCAAAUCAUUUGGAGAUCUUUUUAAAUCCCUUCCCAGACUCAUAGGCAUCCACAACCUUUUUUCUGAAGGCCUUACAGAACUCUUUAGAUUUGGGCAUGAUGACUCCAUACACCUCAAUAGCAAAGGGAACAACAGACACUAGAUGUGAGAGUUUGAAAUAACUCCUGCACUCGCUAAGCAGAUUCUAAUCACUGGCACCAAAAACAACAACAACAAAAAAAAAAAACACCUGAUUCUAAUUUUAUGGAUUUGAAGGUGUGAUAAAUGUUACUUACUUUUUCCAUGUGACUUUUUCUAAUCUGUUUUCUUUUUUUUGUUGUUAAUUUAAGUUGUGAAAAUUAUUGUUUGCUUGUCCAAAUAUGCAAAAAAACAAAAAAUCAGUUUAAAUGUUGUGUACUUAUUUUUCAUAUGACUAUAGCUUAGCAUGUUCUGACACUCCAUGUCAAACCAAAGGCAAUUAACUUAUUAUUUUGGGUAUUACAUUCAUUCAUUUAGUCAUUCAUCUUCAGUAACUGCUUUAUCCCAGUCAGGAUCACGGUGGAUCCAGAGCUAAUCCUGGUAACACUUGGUGCAUGGUGGAAACCAGGAAAUGCAGAGCACACCCUUGUAAAAAUGGUGUAAACAUGAGAAACUUUGCCCAGGUUCAGGAUUGAACCAUAGAGCUGUGAGGCAGCAAUGAUACCCACUGCACCACUGUGCUGCCUAGUUAUUAUAUUAAUUUGUUAAAUGCUCCCCAAUAAAAUCCCAUUUAUCAAAAUAGUAAAAGUGAAUUAUUCAACCAACCUUCAAAAAGGCACUCUUGAUUAACAGGAAAAAUACAUACAAUUGGUGUGCUGCCCACAUAAAACAGAUCUAACCAUGUGUUUUUGUUUAUAUUUUUAUAUAAAUAACUUAAGAGGCCUUCUGGUGUUUACUUUUAUUGUCAUAAAUCUACCCUGUUUUUUUUUCUCUUCUUCAAAUAACUCUGUUGCCCCGAUUAUAAUAAAGACAUGGCACUGGAGAAUGAUCAGUAAAAGCGAGCAUUUGGCAUAAAUGAACAAAAUGUGACUUUCACACAAAACUACAUAGUCUAAUAAAGCCUGUUUGAUUGAGACCACAUUUACAGACCUGUGCUUCUGUCAAAAAUCAGACCUCCCUUUAGAUUCCAUGCUGCCUUCUGUUCAUCACAGUUUUUACAAGACUGACGAUCCAUAAGUCUCCUUAUAUCAGUCUCACUUCAAAAGAGAGUCUGCUUCUGCUUCCUUCAAACAAUCCUGAGGUUUCAUGAUCUCAAAAGUAGUGUGGGAUUUUUCUUUGAUCUUUCCACUCUUGUCCACUUGACGAAUGCUCUGGGUUACAGUGAUGGUUACCUGCUUAGUGGACAUCCUGUUGUCUUGCCACUUGGUUUAGCAGAAUACAAAAAAGACAAACAAUGGAAUGUGAUUACAGAUUGCAAAAGGUUUGUACAAUACACAUUGUGAUAAUGUAAUUUGCACAUCUGCUCAUUAUGUUCUAUUCUACUCGGUCGAUGUAAUGUGAAACUGAUAAACCACAAUUGCGACAUAAGAUGUGUUGGACACAGGAUACCACAAAGAAGUAUUAGGAUAGAUGUCUUCUUGGGGUACCCUGAUUAUAUUAACAUCAAGGCUGGAAUAAUAACAUCUGCAAUACAUUUUUGUUAUAAUUGUAAACUCAGUGCCUCACUAUUGAUUUAUUUUAAGAUCUGAGGACAUCUAUGUCCAACCAAAUCUCAAUGUUUUGGCUAAUAAAUAAAGGAAAUAUUCUUGCUCUUUC